CGAUUAAAGUAUAAAUUGGAGGUUGAAAACGAUCCAGCGUUACUUUCUCGGUUGAUGUCCACGGCUUUCAAUAUGUGGCUACCACUGACGGUCUUAUUGCUUGCGGGAAUAGUUUCAGCCGACUACGACCAUGGCUGGCACGUCGAUAAUGAGUACACUUAUCUCGUGCGAAGUCGAACAAUAGCGAGUUUGAAUAAAUUAUCCGAUCAGCACACCGGUAUGCUGAUGAAAGCAUUGCUCACGAUACAAGUCAAAGAUCCUCAACUGCUAAUUGCGAAGCUGUCGCAAAAUCAAUACGCUCGAAUCCUCAAGUCUUUACCAGAAGGCUGGGACACUGAGAUUUCUGACCAAAUGUUGGAACUCCGUCACUUGCCUCUUUCUGGCAAACCGUUCGCUAUCAAGUUGAAACAUGGCGUGAUCAGGGACAUCCUCGUGGAUCGUACCGUCCCAACCUGGGAGGUGAACAUCCUGAAGAGUAUCAUUAGCCAGUUGCAAAUAGACAGUAUGGGUGAGAACGCGAUCAGAACGGACGAAACGCAAAUUCCGACCGACCAAGAAUCGUACGGAUUUUUCAGAGUUAUGGAAGAUUCAGUUGGCGGAAAAUGUGAAGUUCUUUACGAUAUCACACCGCUGGCAGAGCAACUCGUUUAUAUUUAUCCAGAAUUGGUUCCGAUACCGAAGUUGAAGAAAGAUGGACAAUAUAUUGAUAUCCGCAAAUUGAAAAACUACGACAAAUGUGAUCAGAGGAUGAACUAUCAGUUUGGUAUAACUGACAACAAGCGUUGGGAAGCUGGCUCCAAUAAGAAUGGAAAAUUCUUCUCGCAAUCUGCGACGAGCAGAAUUAUCAUCUCAGGAACGCUGAAGAAUUUCACCAUUCAAUCGGCGGUGACUACCAACUUAAUGUACAUGAGCCCAAGAUUCUACGACCAUGGACACGGGUUAGUAGCCAGCAAGAUGAAUCUAACCUUGGCUGUCGUGAAGAAAAUUACGAAUCCUCUGCUCAAACCGAACAAUCUGGUAUCCACUGGCAACCUGGUUUACACUUACCAUAAUCCUUUCUCAGACACCGAGGAACGCAGAAUCGGUAAGGUACUCGAGGAUUCGGAUAAGGUGGUGGUUUCGGAUAGCGUCAGUUCUAUUAGCUCGAGCGAAGAAACCACGAAGGGUUACAAUUAUCGAAGCCUUUCGUCUGGCUCGUCCAGCUCGUCCAGUUCGAUUUCCAGCAGCGAGGAGGAUUUUUACUGGCAGCCUAAACCCACGAUGGAAGAUGCUCCCCAGAAUCCUUUGUCGCCCCUACUCAUUGGCUAUAAUGGCAAAUAUAUUGGAAGAUCUAAAGAAAUGGAUGUUAUAGCGAAAAGCAAAGAACUUAUUUACCAAAUAGCCAACGAGAUGGAAGAUCCGAACGACCUGUAUAAAAACCAAAUUCUCGAGAAGUACACGAUCCUGAGCGAUCUACUUCGUACGAUGAAUAAGGAGCAAAUGUUACAAGUCGAUAAGGACGUACAUCUCUCUCCUUACCAGAUGAAAACGUUUGACAGGACUCUGGUCCCUAAACAAAACGCUUGGAACGUGUUUAAAUCCGCUAUCGCUCAAACCGGAACUGGACCAGCCUUCUUGCUUAUCAAGAACUGGAUCGAGACGAAGGAAGUCGAUUCCACGACAGCUGCAGAUCUCUUGGCUAGACUUCCCAAGACAGCUCGUGCACCUACUGCUGAAUACAUCAAGGAAUUAUUCAAACUAGCUACAUGUGAGACAGUGAUGAACGAUCCAGCCGUCAGCGGCCCAGCGAUCAUAGCAUUUAGCGAGUUGGUUUAUAACGCUCAAGUGAGCAAGAAGGGCCUGCACAAUCACUAUCCGGUGCAUACGUUCGGUCGUCUCACGCCCAAACACGAUCAAGUAGUUACCAAAGAUUACAUCCCCUACCUGGAGAAGGAAUUGAAGAAAGCUGUCGAAAAUGGCCAAAGCACGGUUAUUCAGACUUACAUCAUGGCUUUGGGUAAUAUCGGUCAUCCGAGGAUUCUCUCCGUUUUCGAGCCUUACCUGGAAGGCCAAAUGUAUAUGACGGUGUUCCAAAGGACGCUAAUGGUCUCAGCUAUGGCCAAACUGGCUGAAGGUUUUCCAAAAUUGGCGCGUUCGGUUUUGUACAAGAUCUAUCUGAACACCAUGGAAGCCCAUGAAGUGCGUUGCACCGCUGUCUUCCUUCUGAUGACGACCGAUCCUCCGUUAAACAUGUUACAACGAAUGGCUGAAUUUACCAAGGUCGACAGGAACAAACACGUCAACUCGGCCGUGAAGUCGACUCUAGAGAGCUUGGCGAACCUGAAGAACCCCGAAUAUCAAACGCUGGCGAGGAAAGCUCGCAUCGCAAAGAAUCUACUAACUCCAAACGAUUACAGCUUCCAUAACUCUCACGGAUACGCCACUGAAUCGAUCAUAGACGAUGGGAAUAUCAUUUAUCACAUGAUCCUGAAGUACAUUGGUAGCGAUGAUAGCCUGAUUCCUAAUGCUAUAUACUACGCCGUGUACUCUUCUUACGGAGACUUCAAGCUUCCUCCUUUCGAAGUAGUAACCAUGGUUUCGAGCAUUAGGUCCAUUUUGGAGUUGAACACUAGCCAGAAAGACAGGGAUCGUAUCAGAUUGGCGGCUGAGAAGAUCGCCGAAGAGUUGAAUAUCCUUCCUAGUCCAUCUAUUCCUCUAGAAGGAAACAUGUAUUGGAACGGAAAAUACACAACGAAGUUCCUGCCCUUCGAUAAGACCUCUCUCUCUGUAUUCCGUGAAUUGAUAAUGAUGUAUCUGAAGGGCGAAAAGCAAGGAAACCUCAUCAACCGAUUACAAUCCUACGACGUAACAUUUGGCUUCCCCACAGAAACCGGAUUGCCAUUCGUCUACACUUUUGAAAUACCGAUGCUUUUCAAGAUCACUGGAACUAUGAAUAACGAGGCGAAGAUGCCAAUGAUUCUGAAAACGGGAACCGAUUUUCGUAUGAUCUAUGCAAUGAAGAUUCAAGGAAGACUUGGCUUCGUCACGCCCUUCGAAAACCAGCAGUACAUCGCCGGCGUCGAUCUUGACUUUAACGUUUACCUACCAAUGACAAUGACUGUGGAUAUGGACCUACUUAAACAUAAAUGGGAAAUAAAGAUUUGUCCAUUGCAGGGAGAAGACAAGGCACGAUUAUUCCAUUACAGCGUCGUUCCAUACGUCGCCAAUCACAACAUUUUGAAUUUACGUCCUCUGCUCACCGAGAAAACAACGCAAACACUACUUUCCGACGAUAGGUAUGUCGAUACUAUCUCAAAUUGGAAUCUGCUGAACGUGUACCUGGAAGGUGACAAAUCUUACAACUACAACAACUGGUUUAACAUGGACGUCGAUGACUUGUCCGAUAUAAUUAUAUCUCCGUGGGUCUUGGAUUACGACAACUACCGCAAAUUGGACAUCUUGCUGAAUCUGAAACGCGAACAGGUGGCACCAUUCGUAUUCAAAAUAUCGUAUGACUAUAUGGAUUUCGAACCCAGCACUCUAGACACUAAACUAUGGACAUACAGAGCUACAGCCGUGGAGCCAUCCGAUAAGGAGGCUGACAGCAAAGCUCGUAGGAAACAAUGGAUGGAAGAGGCUGCCAAGGGUAUCAAAUUGGCCAAAUCACUGGUGAUCGAUAUUCUAAUGGAAAUUCCAGUAACAAGCGAAAAGAGUCUCCAGAACGUUAUAACCCUCGCCACGGCCUAUAGCAAAGCUGAGAAGAAAGGACGAACGCUGCUAUAUUGGAGCUUUAAUAAUAUGUUCGAAGUCUGCGCGGCUACCCAGAUGAAGGCCACGCCAGACAACAUGAUGUUCUACAAUCAAGUCGCUGAUUUGAAACCCAAGGUAGAAUUUAACGCAGAUUUGCGUGUAGGAAAGGUCUGUUCCACUGGUGAGCAGAUGAACAUCAACGGUGAAGCUACCCAGAGUAAGGAGAUAAGGGAACGCAUCAGGAAUGCAACUUUGAUCAAAACUUGCCAGAAACAGAUGUAUCAGGGUAACAAGAUCCUCCGAGCCUGUCAAAAUGCUGCUGCGUUCUCUAUGAUUCUUGAUCAAAUGGCUGUCUCCGUGGAUUUCCAAUCGCCGUAUAUUUUGCAUUACAUCACCAAGGCUCUCGCCGUCGUAAUAAACACCGAUUAUUUGAAAGAAUAUGUGGACAUUCACACACAUUUAUUGGGUCCUAAGGUAGGCGGCAAGAAGAAGAUCGACAUCACGGCCAAUCUGACCGCCCAUUUGGAAAAAGUUGACAUAACAAUCGCUACUCCGACUAUGGACAUUAACAUCAACGACCUAGACCUGUCUGUUCUUGAAAUUUCUGCGGAGGACGUUCUAAUGACUGCAGACGAGGACAUGGAUAUUCAAAACCUCUUGUACAACGAGGACGAAUCCGCCUGUGUAUUGGAUAAUACCAGGGCGCAAACAUUCGAUAGCAGAGAGUACCCUCUGAGAUUAGGCAACUGCUGGCACGUCGUCAUGACCACGUAUCCUCAAGCAAACCCAGAUAAUCUGGACGAGAAGAUGUAUAUGUACAAAUCAGACAGCGUGGGCAUCCUUAUUCGUGAAACGGAAAACGGACAGAGGGAAGUGAAAGUUUUACUUGAUGACAGGGAAAUUAAAUUUAUACCUACUUCGACCCAAAUACAAAUUUUGGUGAAUGGAUAUCCCGUCGAGGUAACUAAGGACAUCAGUUGGCAGGAAAGGAAGGACAACAUGGUCUUGUACGAGAUCUUGCAAAUCGAUGAUCACUUUAUCGGUUUGUUCUCUGACAAAUAUGCACUGAAGAUCCUUUACGAUGGAAAACGUCUAAUGAUCAAGGCGGGUGACAAAUUCCGUACAGUCAUCCGUGGUCUCUGUGGUAACUACGACGGGGAGCCGAUCAACGACUUUACAGCUCCGGGGAAUUGCAUUCUUCCAAAACCCGAGCUAUUCAUCGCAAGUUACGCUCUGACGAAGGAGGAUUGCAAGGGUGAAUCUUUAGAGAACUCGAAAUUGCUGGUGACUGACUACGUUUGCGUACGAGAAGAGAAGAGACAUUUGAGCAACGUGAUCAGCGACAAGGAAUCUGGACGAAAUGAUACUGAGAUAUCAAACUGGGGAUACCAUAGACAAGUCACAAACAAACACUGCAUCAUCUUGAAGACUCACAUAAAGGAGACUGACAACGCGAUAUGUUUCACGAUUCGUCUGGUGCCUUCCUGUGCAGCUGGCUGCUGGGCUACCGAGACGAAACCGAAAGAUUAUCAAUACCACUGCAUGAAGAAGGACAAAGCAGCAAUAGCCUUGAAAAACAGAAUCAACAAGGGUGCAAAACCUGAUCUCAGCCAGAAGUCAGUUACCUUUACCGAACCCAUCAACGUUCCUGUUAGUUGCAAGGCCUAAUUCCGGUGUACCUUGCUUACCUGCCUCAUAUACUUACAUGUUCUUACUAGUAUCUGUGGUAAUUUUAUAUUUAGCUCGUAAUCCAAUGUUUUAGUAAAAUUUACUCUUUUCAAUA